AUCUCUGUUUUCGUGAAAGCACUGUCCAUUUGUAGCGUCGCUCUCGUUCUCUUCUUUAUGUUUCCUCGGAGAGAAUUCUCGAAUGAAUAUGAACGCUAGGCGAAUACCUCUCUCCGGAGAUAUUGAAAGAAUUAUUGGAUUUUCUUAUUUUGCGCCGUGUUGCAUUUUGUUCGCAGCAGAACUGUCGCUUCGUGCCGGCCGUGCCUCUCACCGACGUCCCCGUGUUCCGGUACCAUUUUGCUUACGUCGGACUGUCAGAAAUGCUGUGGGGACCGUCGCUUAGCGGGUGGGGCAAGCAAAUCGGAAAUGGCACCGGCAGAUAAAUCGUCAUCACCCGAACCCCCGAGACGGGAAGCGGGCGGUGGUUGCCCGCCGCCAAACUGCAGUCAUCCAUCGACCCGCUGUAAUUCUCCUAACACGAAUUGCGCGUCGACCGCUCCGUCCUGCUGUCCUUCGCAGCGCGGGUAUCCUCGAGCUGUGUCGCAUCGGGCACCCAACUGCCAGCCCUGUGCCCUGAGAUCAAUCCUGAAAAAACGCAGCUGUUGCCAGUGCAAUAAUACAAAUCGCUGCUGCCUGUGCCAACCGAUGCCACGUGCUUGUAACUGCCCGCCACCGAUUCAGGUGGACGCACGCGCUACCCGCGAGUGUUCCUGCGACUUUCCGUUCAGCCCGGAAUGCGCUUGUCCACCCGGCGAACGAAGAUUCCCAAGAGCGACAGUCGAGUGUCCCAACGCCCGUCUUUGCUGUCCGUCUCCUCGGUUACCACCCGGUCCCAAGUGUUACUGCCCGCCGUGUCAACCGUGUCCGCCGCCUACUUGCGGUCCGUGCAUUGCAUCCUCCAAGUGUCGACGAUCCUUGCCACUCAAGGAACCUUGCUCGCCGUGUCCGUCCUGCCCACCUUGUCGCCGGCCGGUUCCGACAGCUUCGCCUUGUCGACCUUCGACACCUUGCAGAAAACUGACCUUCUGCACCGAGCGUGGUGGUCGACCCUCUUCGUCCUGCACAGGUCAGUCUUGGCGCGCGAUCAUUGACGAUAAGAGCUCGGAAAGUAGCAUGUGUAGCGAACAAUGUGACGAUGAGAGACGAGAGUUACACAGUGAGAAAGGUCGCGACUGUCGUUACGCGGCGGACUGCGCUGGAUCCGAGACUGGAUCCAAAUGCACUGACGAAAAUCGCAAUUUAAUGCUGAACAAUAGACAGAAUUCAACGUCAAAGACGUUCACGAAUUUGUCGGAGACUACGAACCCUUCGAAGUCUGUCGAUCCUGAUUCGCGCGACGUGUCGGGGGAAAGGGACGGGACCGCUUUUGAAAACGCGGCGGAGACUCUUGAAGGAUGUACCGCCGAGAAAUCCUCAAAGGACUCGUGGUACACUUCACCUGCCCACGCUCCGUGCGACAGCGGCGUAGAGCCCGAUUGUUGUGCAUCCCAUGAGGAAAAUCCACACACUGGAGGAAACGCGUCUGGGAAUCUUGUUUCGGCGAGACUAUCAAGUCGUUUGAAAUCACUUAGUCGGCUAAAGGAUUUAUCGGCGCCGAAUAAAACGCUGCUUCGACGUGGCGUUACUUUUCGCGAUGCACCGCAGGCACGUGUUGGACCGUGCUGGCGGGUGCUUCGACAAGCAUUCCGGGCGAACCGCACCGACACGUGGGAUCGACAGGCAACGCAGGGGUGGUGGGUCCUCGGGAAAGGAUACGACAGAUGCUAGUGCUUACCUCGGGCAAAUCGCGUAAUGCGAUUGAACGCGCUUCAAAACUGCCGUCUCCUACGAUUCGCGAUCGUUCAAUCUUCCUCACCUGAGUCGUCUGGCGAGCAAGUUGCCCGUUUCGUCACUCCGCAAAUCGAAAUUACCCGCUCGCGU